CGUGACCCCUGGGCACCUGACGCUGCGGGCUGCGGAGGAACAUGGCGUUGUGGGCUUGUUCAGUUGUUCCCGCCCUCAGGCUUUGGGGCCUGGGAGGUGCGCGGCCCUGGACCCGCCGGCCUCGUAUUGCAGGUGCAGGAAGGCCCAUAUCUUUUUCUGCCGGUGCCUCAAGUGUCUCUGGAAGUGGAGGCCACAGUCCGAAGUUUCUCCUGCAGGACGUUGCCGAGCUGAUUAAAACCGGAGCCUGCCAGAGGGUGGUGGUCAUGGUGGGGGCCGGCAUCAGCACACCCAGCGGCGUCCCGGACUUCAGAUCUCCAGGGACCGGCUACUACAGCAACCUCCAGCAGUACAAGAUCCCCUACCCCGAGGCCAUUUUUGAGCUCUCAUUUUUCUUUCGCGAUCCCAAGCCGUUUUUCACUUUUGCCAAGGAGCUGUACCCUGGGAACUAUAGGCCUAAUGCCACUCACUACUUCCUGCGACUGCUCCAUGACAAGGGGCUGCUUCUGCGGCUGUACACACAGAACAUCGACGGGCUUGAGAGAGCGUCUGGCAUCCCUGCCUCAAAGCUCGUUGAAGCUCACGGAUCCUUUGCCUCUGCCACCUGCACCGUCUGCCGAAGACCCUUCCCAGGGGAGGACUUUUGGGCCGACGUGAUGGUGGACAGGGUCCCACGCUGCCCGGUCUGCACUGGCGUCGUGAAGCCCGACAUCGUGUUCUUUGGGGAGAUGCUGCCCCACAGGUUCCUGCUGCAUCUGGCUGACCUCCCCGCGGCGGACCUGCUGCUCAUCCUUGGGACCUCUCUGGAGGUGGAACCUUUCGCCAGCUUGUCUGAGGCCGUGCGGAGCUCGGUGCCCCGAUUGCUCAUCAACCGGGACUUGGUGGGGUCCUUGGCUAGGCAUCCUCGGGGCAGGGAUGUGGUCCAGCUGGGGGACGUGGUUCACGGUGUGACGAGGCUGGUGGAGCUUCUGGGCUGGACGGAGGAGAUGCGGGACCUCAUCCAGCGGGAAACUGGAAAGACUGAUGGUUGGGACAAAUUAGGAGAGUGAGGGCUGCUCCUCACACCAGAAAUGGCUAUACGGGAGUCACUGCCCAUUUCUGAUGAGCCCUCUGCCUGAAGAACAGCUCGGGCACGUUUACAAAUUUUGGCUGAACCAGGACAUGCGACCUGAGGCUGCCCCUGGAGUGUUUUCCCAGGUCAUGAGAGUCUGUGCACUCAGGGCCACCCCAGCCACAGAUGUGCAGGAGCUGCCUGGCCUGACUUUUUGCUGAAGCUCUUAAUGCCACAAGCGUUCUUCUGAUGGUGAACCUCUUGAACUCAGACAACCUGGAACCCCAGACUGGACUCCAUCUGAAGGCCAGGUUCAGCAUCUGUCCACUUGGGUCGAGCAGCCCCAGUCACACCCCAAGUGUGGGCCUGGGUCCCAGGUAAUGCACUAGGGUUUUCUAGCAUGUUGGCCUCUUUAGUAGGUUUAUUUGGAGAGAUUGUCCUUCAUUUCUGGCAUGAAGUAAACUGUAAUAGAGAAA